GUUUCAAUAUUGAACCGGAAGUGGAAGAAAUACACAGUCGGAACAUUUGUGACUUUGACUUGUCGUUUCCUCUGCACGUCCCAGGAUGCCGGUACUUUGCUUGCCGUGCCGGAAAGGAAGUAGCCGCGUCGAUGCUGGUUGCUCGUGACCGAGCUUCGGUGACCUUUCCUGAGGAGCCGCGCAGGAGAAGAACCAGUCUGCGGGAGAAGUAAGCGGCUCUCUUCGCUCUCCGGGGAAGGAGGUGUCUAAAAAGGCCCGCGGAAAGGAUAUCUGGUCUCAGCAACGAAUGGUAGCCUUCUCCCGUUGCACGCCGGAGUGACGCUGCUUUUGGACGAGCCUCUCCUUUCCCCCGUUACUCUGAUGUGUUUAAAGGACUAGGGGACACUAUGGUCUGUGCUGCUCUUUUUGCUAUUCCUCCAUUACUGAGAAGUAUUACUGGAGUUUUUCCCAUUUGUUCUUUGCCUUUACCUCUGAGAUAUGCAGCGUUACGUUUUUGCACGGUAAAUGGCAAAAUGAAAUCGAAAAGAAAGGCUGAUCAUCUGGAGAGAACAGCAAAGGACUUUCGGCAGGAGAUUAUUUCUAAAGCAAAAGUGUGUGGAAUCACCAGUGAAUCUGAAACAGUUAAAAGACUCCGUUUGGCAGUCACAGAUAAAGAAUUUACUUUUAAAGCAGGACAAUGGGUAGACUUCUUUAUUCCUGGAGUUGCUGUAGUUGGUGGAUUCUCAGUGUGUUCAAGUCCUGGUCUGCUGGACCAGGAAGGAGUAUUGGAACUAGCAGUAAAACAUACAACGCACCCUCCUGCUCACUGGAUUCACACUCAGUGUACCCUUAACUCAGAGGUGGCUUUGCGAGUGGGAGGCAACUUCUUCUUUGAUCCUCAACCAGCUGACUCUCCUUCAAAUCUAGUGCUCAUCGCCGGUGGAGUAGGGAUUAACCCUUUGUUUUCUAUACUGCUUCAUGUCGCAGACCUUCAUACAAUCCAAGAGAGAAAAGGAACUGGGUACAAAAUGGGAACGACAAAUCUCUUCUACUGUGCCAAAAAUACACAUGAGCUGUUAUUUAGGAAACAUAUCCUCGGUUUGACAAAUGCAUUUCCAGGAAAAAUCACAUGCAGCUUCCAUGUUACUCAGCAGAGUUCACCAAUCUGUGAAAAACGUCAGCCUUAUAUUAAGGAAGGAAGAAUAUCUGCAGAUGAUCUAGAACAAUGUAUCUCCAAGGAUACUUUGUGGUAUAUCUGUGGUCCACCUCCAAUGAUAGAAUCUAUAUCGAAGCUGCUAGCAAACCUUGGUGUGGCUCAAGAUAAUAUUUUGUUUGAAAAGUGGUGGUAGUACAUAGCAAUCCUUCAGCAGAAAUUAAAAAUAAAGAAAAUGGAAUACACACAUAUGGAUAAAUACUGACGAAUGUUAAGAGUUUACAGAAAACAUACUUUUCCAUUUGCCCCAAUGAGACUUUUAUGUAUGGAAUUACGUUAACUUAUUCUAAAUUUGGCCACUCAAUUGUGAAAAAAUAAACACAGUACACUUUAUAAUCAAGACUAACUUGUAUGUGUCUGACUCAAUUGUAACUUCCAAAAGUAAAUAAUAUAUUUCCUUAA